AUGACCUACAUUCACAAGUCUGUCGUUAAAACGCACGGACGACUGAAAUCUACAAACUGCGUCGUCGAUGGACGUUGGGUCCUUAAAAUUACCGACUACGGCAUUUGCAGCGUCAAUGCUCUCUAUGGAAUAUGCCAAAAGGCAGAGCCAGAAGAUCUGUUAUGGACUGCCCCCGAACUGCUGCGUGAACCCAUGAGAAGGACUAUCGGGACUCAGAAGGGGGAUGUCUACUCUUUCGGCAUAAUUCUUCAGGAGAUUAUUUGCUGCUCUGAACCCUUCCCCGAUUGUGAGCUAUCGGCAGAGGAAAUUGUUGAAAAAGUGCAGGCAGGUGAUCCACCUUUCAGACCGGAGGUGAACCUCUCAGAAAUCCCCUAUUUCUACAAGAAUCUGAUGCGAUCUUCCUGGGCAGAAAACUCAGACCUGCGUCCGACGUUCAAUGAAAUAGCUGCUCAGAUAGAGCAGUUCAACAGUGGAAAGAAGACCAACAUUAUUGACCAUAUGUUGACGCUGAUGGAAAAGUACUCAGAAGACUUGGAAUCCCAGGUGAGAGAGCGGACCCUGGAACUCGAACAAGAGAAGUCGAAAACAGAGGAACUGAUCGCAAAGAUGUUGCCACUUCUUUAUUUUUCUUGUAUUAGCUCUGUUGCACAGGCGCUGAUAGCCGGCAACAAAGUGGCCCCAGAAGCUUUCGAUGAAGUGACCGUCUACUUCAGUGACAUCGUGGGCUUCACAGCCAUUUCAGCCUGGUCCACACCCCUGCAAAUCGUUGAAUUACUGAAUAGGCUGUAUUCUACGUUCGACGAAACAAUUGGAAAAUUUGACGUCUAUAAGGUAAUUUGA